AUGGCCCUGCCUCGGUGCCAUGAAGGUGAGUUCAAACUGAAAGACCUUCUCAGUGCAAAGCAACAUCCUUCUCCAGUAUCCGCCCAGUCUCAGAAGCAAAUGCGUUACGUGACCCUUGGGAGCUCCGGUCUCCGAGUGUCUGCUCUGAUCAUGGGCACUAUGCAGUACGGAAGUGCUGAGUGGCAACCAUGGAUAAUGGGAGAAGAAGACGCAUUGAUCCAUAUCAAGGCAGCUUACGACGCCGGAAUACAAACUUUCGAUACAGCUGAUGUAUAUUCCAACGGGCAAUCUGAGAUCGUCCUCGGCAAUGUUAUCAAGAAGUUGGGCCUUCCGAGGGAUGAAAUCGUCGUAAUGACCAAGAUAUCUCGGGUGGUCGCAAGAGAGCCAGGCCACUGGUUUGUUCACAGCAAUCGCAACCCCGAGGACUACGGCUACGUCAACCAAGGAGGAUUAAGUCGCAAGCAUAUAUUUGCAGCUGUGAAAAAAAGCCUUGAAAGGCUCCAGCUCGAUUAUGUCGAUGUUCUGCAAUGCCACCGAGCGGACCCGAUAACGCCGAUUUCUGAAACAAUGCAUGCUCUUCAUGAUAUUAUCAAAGAAGGAUAUGCACGUUAUAUUGGAAUGGGGUCCUGCUGGGCCUGGCAAUUUCAUGCAAUGCAAAACUACGCCAUAGCAAAUGGACUCACCCCAUUCAUCAGCAUGCAGAACCAGUACAGCCUCCUGUAUCGCGCUGAUGAAAUGGAGCUCUAUCCAACCUUGAAGCUCUUUGGUACUGCCUCAAUACCGUGGUCGCCGCUUGCCCGAGGCCUGCUAGCGCGACCUUUUGGCGAAGAAUCCCGGCGCGGACAAUCCGACAAAUUGGUGCACAUCUACAAGUCAGGCCCGACUGAAGACAAGGAAGUAAUCAAACGAGUUCAGGAACUCGCGCAAAAGAAGGGUCUUAGCAUGGCAAGGGUCGCUCUAGCAUGGACAUUGCGCAAGCCUGGUGUUACUGCCCCGAUAGUUGGGCCGACCUCAGUUGAGCAGCUACAUGAUCUUCUUGGAGCCAUGGAGGUGGAUUUGUCAGAUGAUGAGAUGACAUACUUGGAAGAGUGUUAUCGCCCGCGCAUUCUCUUGGACCAUGAGUAA